CGAUGUUUCGCCGGCCAUGAUCGGUGAGACCGGACUCCUCCCCAGCGGUGACUCUGUCCCGGGUCUGGUAGAUAGCAUUCCUCUCGGUCGUCUGGGUGUGCCUCAAGAAGUCGCGAAUGUCGUGUUGAUGUUCUGCACAACGGGGUAUAUGACGGGCCAGAGCGUCCUGCUGGCAGGCGGGCUGAACCAUAAAUGAGUGCUUAAAAAGCCGCUGUAUGCUAGCCCAGAGCGGAGCGUUCAGGGGCGGACAUUUGAAGCGAGGAAAUUUUCCACGCUCAGCUUGGGGGGAGGUUCAGUCGGCUCUUCUUGCCCCGCCAAAAUUCGGUCCGAGAUGGACCGGCAUUUGCGCCGAUGGUAUCCCUAGUACGUCAAUGCGUGGGAAAUAAAGCCAGCCGUCGCCGGUGCUUUGAGAAAUGCAUUUAUCAAUUUACUUUCCUCUAAAUCCCUCAAUUGUUCGCUCUCCUCUGCGAAUAGCGAUUCGCGCGCGUUCCACAUCACGAUGACGCAAAGAGCCGCCCUACUCAUCGGCAACCUCGCCCACACCCGCGAAGAAUGGGAAAUCGAGUGCGCACAAGUCGCCUCAAAGCUCCACGAAUACCCCGACGGCUCGCGGGAAGAUUUUAUUUCGAAGUGCAAAUCCGGCGCCUUCGACGGCGUCUUCGCCCUCUACCGAUCCAACGAUUCGAACAAAAUAACGGGCAACUUCAACGACGAGCUGCUCGACGCGUUACCGAAGAGCCUGAAGUUUAUAUGCCACAAUGGCGCUGGGUACGAUAAUAUUGAUAUUCCUGCUUGCACGAAGAGGGGGAUCCAGGUGUCGAGCACGCCGGUCGCGGUGAAUGACGCGACGGCGGAUGUGGCUAUGUUUUUGAUGCUGGGCGCGCUGAGGAAUGUUACGCAGUGCUUCCAGGCGGUCAGGCAAGGCAAUUGGCGUGGUAACUUCUCGCUCGGCCAUGAUCCCAAGAACAAGACGCUCGGUAUCCUGGGUAUGGGCGGCAUUGGCUCGGCAGUCGCGACUCGCGCGAAGGCGUUCGGUAUGAAGAUUCAAUACCAUAACCGGACGCAAUUGCCGGCGAAAGAGGAAGAUGGGGCGAAGUAUGUGAGCUUUGAGGAGUUGCUGAAGACAUCGGAUGUGCUGAGUUUGAAUCUCUCGCUCAAUGCGUCGACAAGGCAUAUCAUUGGGAAGGAGCAGUUUGACAUGAUGAAGAAUGGCGUGAUUAUUAUCAACACCGCGCGAGGUCCGCUUAUUGAUGAGGCUGCGUUGGUGGAUGCGCUGAAGAGCGGGAAGGUAUGGACUGCCGGUUUGGACGUCUUCGAGGAGGAGCCGAAGAUCCAUCAGGGGCUGCUGCAGUGCGAGAACGCCGUUUUGCUGCCUCAUAUUGGGACUGCGACCUACGAGACCCAGCGCGGCAUGGAAUUGUUAGUACUCGAUAACCUGAAGUCGGCGAUCAAGGGCGAGAAGCUAUUGACGCAAGUACCGGAGCAGAAGCAGGUGAGGGCGAAUCUAUAA